AUUCUACAGUUUUAUCCAUUUGAUUUGUAAAUGUUUGCAUGUAAAUUUUUAAACCUCAAAGACUGCUUCAGUCAGGCUCAGUUGUCUGAACUUUGUGGGUGGAGAAGGCACCAGUUCCACACAUUAACCACAGGGCAGCUCUCGGCUGUAUGAAGUAACUUUGCACGCACACGUGUGUUCUCCUUAUAUGUCCUCUUUGAAGCCUCUGCCUGCAUGCACGACUGCAGCAACCACUUGUGUCUGCUUUGAAGACUUCACUAGAAUCAUUUUAAGAAAAAGUCACAGUGCCACCGGUUGACUUCCUGUCUUCGGUCAGAUCUUGCUAGCAAACCACAGGAGUCAUGUGACAGAGGAAGUGUGCGACUCCCCGCGUUCAGUCUUGUGCCUCGUUGUGAUAGAGCUAAUUAUCACCAGGUCGUGUCUUAUUUUGUGACUCAGUGGUUGUGUUGAAACUCUUUUUGUAAAACGCAUGCAGGAACUAGAAAGAGGAAGGGGAAGAAAGUGAACCGAUGGACUCCACAAAUGAGAGCUGCAGUCAGACAAAACAAGCAAAUGAUGCUUAUCCGGUGCGAUGCACUGAGGAAGCACUUCUCCCUUUCUUCACAGAUGAGAGCUUGCAGGCCGCCAUGGCUGCCCUGCACUCUCCUGCCUCCCCAUCGACUCUCCCAGAACUUAGACUGGUCCUGCUGGGCCGGAAGGGUGCUGGCAAAAGUGCUGCAGGCAACACCGUCCUGGGAGGCGCGGGAGGAUUCGAGAGCGGCAGGCCUACGGAGGAGUGUGUGAAAAGGCGAGGGGAUGUCGGCGGGAGGAAAGUCACGGUGGUGGACACACCUGGGUGGGAGUGGUACUACCCCCUGAAUCGCACCCCCAACUGGGUGAAGAGAGAAACACUGCGGAGCAUGUCGCUCUGCCCUCCGGGACCUCACGCUGUGCUGCUGGUUGUUCGGUCCUGCGCUUCCAUCCAGGACGACUACAUCAAGGAGAUAGAGGAGCACCUGGAGCCUCUGGGAGAAGGGGUGUGGGGCCAUACUCUAGUGCUGUUCACCAGAGGAGAUGAACUCGGUCUAGGGACCAUGGAGCAGAGAAUCCUGUCCAGCGGCUCAGGACUCCAGAAACUCCUCCAGAAGUGCGGCGGGAGAUACCAUGUUGUGAAUAACCGCAACAAAGGAGACGGGAUGCAAGUGAAGGAGUUGAUAAGGAAGCUGGAGACGAUGGUGAACGGGAUGAAGGAUGGACAGAAUUACUUAGGACUCCAUAGUAACCUGAUGUUGGGGCUGGAGGCAGAUGGAAGGAGGAGAGCCAGAGAGAGGAGAAAGAAGCAGAGGCAGAUGGAGGCGCAGAUGCAGAGGGGGACAAUCAAAGCUGCUCUAAUGAAUGAUGGUCCUCAGGGUUCUGAGCUCGAUGCGCACCAGUCCUUCUCCAAAGCUCCUCGCCGCCUCCCAGAAAUCCGACUAGUUCUCCUGGGCGAACGGGAAACAGGAAAGAGCACCGCUGGGAACGCCAUCCUCAGAAAAGCGGGAUUCUUCCAAGCAGGAGCAGCAACAGAGGAGUGCGUCCGUCAGCAGGCGGAGGUGGCCAUGCGCCUGGUGACUCUGGUGGACACUCCGGGGUGGGAAGCUGGAGUUGCUGGUGCCACUCUGGAGAGGGUGAAGAGGGAGAUUGUGUGCAGCGUGGCUUUGUGCCCUCCCGGUCCUCACGCGCUGCUGCUGACUCUGAGGGUGGACACUCUGGUGACGGCAGGACAUGUGAGGGAGCAUCUGGAGCUCCUGGGGGAGGGUGUUUGGAGGCACACCAUCCUGCUGUUCACCCACAGUGAUCAGCUGCGAGACGGCGUGGAUAUGGAGCAGCACAUCCAGGGAGGGGGCCGGGACCUGCAGUAUCUGCUGGAGAAGUGCAGGGGCAGAUAUCACGUCCUCAGUGGGGGAGACGGAGGAGGAGGCUCUGCCAACGUGCACGAGCUCCUGGAGAAAGUGGAGAGGAUGGCAACCAAGAACCGGUGUGAGGCCUUCUCCGGUUUGGUUCAGGACAUCAGGGAUUUGAGCCAACAACGGAAUGAAAGGUUCAACCAGCGCCUCAAAGAGAUCACAGACAAGAUGCUUCGCCAGGAGGCGGAGCUGAAGAAAAUGAGAGAAAGGGAGGUGAAGAGCAUCCGGUGGUUUUUCGACCGGAAGAAAAAAUCUAAGUCCCCUGGUAAGGCGGACAUUCAGCGGGAGGAGGAGGAGGACGAGGACAGGAGGGUGAGCGGGUCGAAGAAUGACAUCUGCGACCUCGAGGAGAGGAUGAGAUGGUUGACGGAGGACAGAGAAAGAGAGUUUCAGGACCUGAGCCUGGAAAACGAGAGGACCCACAUCGCUCUUCAGCAGAGCCAACAGGAAAAGGACAGGAUGACGCUGAACCUGGAGCUGAAGGAGAGAGAGAUCGAGGAGCUGAAGGAGAGGACGGAGGAGCAGCAGCUCAAGCUCCUGGAUCUGGAGCGCACCUAUGUGGAGCACGAACACCAGAGAAAGCAAAGGGAGGAAGAAUGGAGGAAACAAGUGAGAGAAAGGGUGGAGCUGCUCGUAAAAGAGAAAGCAGAAUUGACCAAAAAGCUGGAAUCCUUAGAAGUGGAUUUGGAGCAUACCAAAACACUCAGCAAUGAACUUCUCGAGAGGAAAGAGCAAGAAAAAAACAAAGAGAUGGAAGAACUGAAACAAGAGAUGAAUACAAAACUACUCCAAAAGGAGGAGGAGCAAGAAGGAGCAAAAAAGAAAGAGCAAAAAAUUCUAGAAGAUAUGAAACAGCAGGAAAAGAGAAAACUUGAUGAGAUGAAACAGCACCACGAGAAAGAGAUGGAAGAGAAAGACUUGCAAAUGAAAGCUUUAAAGCAGCAGCAUCAAGAGGAGACGGCGAGAACUUUGACACAGAACGAAAAGCUUAUGGAGGCACGGAAAGCUGAGCAGCAGGAGAGUGAAGACAAACUCAAGGAAAAAGCAGCUGAAAUAGAAAAAAUGAAGCAAAAAGUUAAGAUCCUCCAGCAGGAACAGCAGAGGGAGAUAGAGGAGCUGAAAGAACGGCUUCAAAAGGAAAAGUCUGAACAAGUAGAGGCAAAAACAAGAGAAAUGGCUACAUUGGAGGAGAGGUAUCGUCUACAAAUUGAAGCAAAAGAACUGGAGAACAACAAAGAGAAGGAGAGGAUUCAUCUUAGCUACAAAAAGGACAAAGAAGAGCUGAUCCAAAUGAAAAAUGGAGAGAUAGAAGCUUUCGAACUGAAGCAACGAGGAGAAAUAAGGGCUAAAAAUGAGAGAGAAGCUAAACUCCAGGAGGAAGUGGUUAAACUGAUGAAACAGAUCGAGGAGGUCAAAGAACAGUCCACUGAAAAAUUAAGAGGCAUGGAACAAGACAGGCAAAGAGAUGCAGAAGAGGUGAAGGAACAGCUAGCAAGACAAAUGAGUGAGCAUCUGCAGGAAAGACAAAGACUGAUAAGUGACUUGCAGCAGAAGCAUGGUGAGGAAAUGGAGAAGAUGAAGCUGGAACUGCUAAACAAGCUGAAGCAAAGCGAAGAACUGACACAGGAAAUGAGAUGUAAACUUGACAUGGAAACAGAAAAGUGCAUGGCAUACAAGACAGAAAUGGAGCAAAAGAUGGAGGAUAAAGACAUCAAAAUUGCAGAGAUGAAAGGAAGUAUCCAAGAAAUGACAAAUGAAAUGCUGCAACAGGAAGAGAGACUCAAAGAUUUUCAGAAUAAAAUCCAAGUGGCGGAUCAGAAGCUAAAAGAAAAGGAAGAAAUCAUCGAGGAGAUGAAGGAGGAAAAAGCAAAGAAAGAUCGUGAUCAUUUGGAGUACAGGAGAUGCAUGGAACAUAACCUAGAGGAAAAGAAAAGAGAGGUGGUGUACAUGAACGAGAAACAAAGACUAAUAAGUGACUUGCAGCAAAAGCAUGGUGAGGAAAUGGAGGAGACGAAGCUGGAACUGCUAAACAAGCUGAAGCAGACUGAAGAACGGGCAAAGGAAAUGAGAUCUCGACUUGAAAUGGAAACGGAAAAUUAUAUAGCGUACAAGACGGAAAUGGAGCUAAAGAUUGAGGAGAAAGACAUAAAAAUUGCAGAAAUGAAGGAACAUAUCCAAGAAAUGACAAAAGAAAUUCUGCAACUGGAAGAAAAAGUCAAUGGUUUUCAGAAUAAAAUCCAAGUGGCGGAUCAGAAGCUAAAAGAAAAGGAAGAAAUCAUCGAGGAGAUGAAGGAGGAAAAGGCAGAGAAAGAACAAGCUCAUUUGGAGUACAGGAGAUGCAUGGAACACAACCUAGAGGAAAAGAAAAGAGAGGUGGAAGACAUGUAUGAGCAACAAAGUGACUUGCAGCAAAAGCAUGGUGAGGAAAUGGAGAUGAAGCUGGAUCUGCUAAACAAGUUGAAGCAGACCGAAGAACGGACACAGGAAAUAAGAUCUCGACUCGAAAUGGAAACGGAAAACUGCAUAGCCUACAAGACGGAAAUGGAGCUAAAGAUUGAGGAGAAAGACAUAAAAAUUGCAGAAAUGAAGGAACAUAUCCAAGAAAUGACAAACAAAAUGCUGCAACUGGAAGAGAGAGUCAAAGAUUUUCAGAAGAAAAUCCAAGUGGCGGAUCAGAAGCUAAAAGAAAAGGAAGAAAUCAUCGAGGAGAUGAAGGAGGAAAAGGCUGAGAAAGAACAAGCUCAUAUGGAAUAUAAGAGAUGCAUGGAACACAACCUAGAGGAAAAGAAAAGAGAUGUGGAAGACAUGUAUGAGCAACAAAGACUAAUAAGUGACUUGCAGCAAAAGCAUGGUGAGGAAAUGGAGAUGAAGCUGGAUCUGCUAAACAAGCUGAAGCAGACCGAAGAACGGACACAGGAAAUGAGAUCUCGACUCCAAAUGGAAACGGAAAACUGCAUAGCGUUCAAGACGGAAAUGGAGCUAAAGAUUGAGGAAAAAGACAUAAAAAUUGCAGAAAUGAAGGAACAUAUCCAAGAAAUGACAAACGAAAUGCUGCAACUGGAAGAGAGAGUCAAAGAUUUUCAGAAUAAAAUCCAAGUGGCGGAUCAGAAGCUAAAAGAAAAGGAAGAAAUCAUUGAGGAGAUGAAGGAGGAAAAGGCUGAGGAAGAACAAGCUCAUAUGGAGUACAGGAGAUGCAUGGAACGCGACCUAGAAGAAAAGAAAAGAGAGGUGGAAGACAUGAACGAGAAACAGAAAGAACUGGAGGAAAAGCUGCAGAAGAUGAGGGACGAAAAUGACUCAAACCGUACGAAGCAAAUUCAGCAAAUACAGGAAGAAAACAGUGGAGAAACCGAAAAGUUAAAGACGCACCUAAAGGACACAAAUGAGAUCCUGCAAAGAAAAGAGGAGGAGUUGAUACUAAACCAGAAGAAAGUGGCGGACGAAAGACUACAAGACGUACUACGACAAAACGAAGAGAUAAAACAGCAGCUAAGAAACGACAUGGAGAAAAAGCUGAAAGAGAAAGAACGAGAGAUUGAAAGCCUCAAGCAACAGGCAGCUUUACAGGAGAGCAGAAGUUGGGAGGAGUUGAAGAAGAAAGAGGAGAAAGAAUCUAAUGAGAUCAACAAGCUGAUCGCAAUCAUUGACAAGAAGACAAAAGAAGUUACUCAAGCUCAAAGUCUUCUUGCACAGGCGAACAGUGAGAUCGAGGAACUAAAAAAGCUGUGUGCAAACUAUUCCAAAGAAAUAAAAGAUGUAAAAGAAGAAACCAACGCCAAAAUGAUGGAGUUGCAGCAACGCUAUGCUGAAUGGGAAAAGACAAAAGAUGCAGAAAUGGUUGAAAAGCUGCAGGAAAGAGACAGAGAGCUGGAAAACCUGAGGCAAAAAGAUGAAAGCGAGAUCAGUCAUCUGAGGCUGACCAUCGAGCAGACAAAGUCAGAGCUGAAGGAGCUCACCCACAAAAUGGACAAAGAGAUGACCAGCAUGAUAGAGGAGUACGAAAAGGAGAUUGCCCGAAAAAGGGAGGAAAAGCAAGCCCUCCAGACAGAGAUGGACACAAAGAUCCGUCAUUUGGAGGAGGAGAACCUGAACAGCCUCCAGGUGGCUGAGGAGAAAUACAAAGAAAGCCAAAAGAUUGUAAAAGAGCUGCAGAAGGAAAACGAGAAAAUGAAGAAGGAGGCAGAGAACUUUAGAAUGAAGUGUGAGCAGCAGAUGGAAGUUCAGGCCCAGGUGAAGGAAAGUGAGGACACAUUGGAAAAGGUGGAAGAUGUGGUUACAAGAAAGGAAUCAGAGAUUUGCAAACUGCAAGCUGAGUUAUUAAAACUUAAAGAUGAAAAAGAGACGGAGAUGAAUGAGCUGAGGAGGCACUUUGAAGACCAGAAGAGAGGCACGUUUGAGGAGAUUAACGCAGAACUAUUGAGACAAGAGCAAGCAGUUGAAGACAGGAAGCAAGAGCUGAGCAGAUAUGAAGAGGAACUUCAACAAAGAGAGACAGAUCUACAUGGAAAAGAGGAACAACUUGCUCAAAUGCAGAUGAAAUUGAAAGCUCAAGAACAAACGCUUCAGGAAAAAGAGCAAGAGGAAAAGGACAAACAGGAGCAAGACGUCAACCUGCGAGCGCAAAACGUGGAGAAAAUGGAAAAAGAGCUGGGGAGUUUACUGAGCGGUCUGGAGAGCAAGCAGAGGGAGCUCAGCGCUCACGGGCAAGACCUCCAGAAGAAGGUAAAAGAACUGAAAAACCAGGAGAAGGAGCUGAAAGAGCGGGAGUGCUUCUUGAAAAACGAGGAGCGAGAGCUGCUCAGAUGGAAGUCGGACCUGCAGGCCCAGAGCGAGCAGGUGAGCAGCACCAUGCAGGAGCUGGAAAGGAUGCGCCGAGGCCUGGCUUUGGUGAAGGAGGAGCUCCACGUCAAGGAGGCCAACCUGAAGGAAGGACUCAGGAAAAUGAGCGUUUGGGAGAAGAACCUCCGGGAGCGAGAGUUGGUGAGCAGCGGGAUGUGCGGCGCAGAGGAGGAUUUGGAUUCGGUGUAUCUGCCAAAUGCAGAGGACUCACAGGAUCACCGAGAGGUCAAGGGGACAGCAGGAAAAGACGACGAAAGGAGGAAACAAGGACCGCCAGCUUUGGAGAGCAACAACUGUCGCUUUAAAACUCUGCAGGAACCUCACAACCACUCAGAGGUGGAGUUAAGGGUGAUGCUUUUGGGGGAAACGUGGUCUAACCGAUCCUUUACAGGACUCACUCUACUAGGAGGUGAAGCAACCGACAUAGACGCUUCCUCACUCAAGCCUUGGAGAGGUCAGAUAGCCGGGAGACGCCUGGCCAUCGCAGAACCCCAAGGUCUAAGGUGGCGAGAUGGACCCGACACACUCAGGUCAUCCCAGAGGAAGACUCUUCUGGACUGUUACUCCCGGUGCCACCCGGACGUCAUCCUCCUGCUCGUGCCCACCUUCCUCACCUGCACACACAAGUACAGGAGAGCCGUGGAGGAGCACAUGAGCAUGCUCGGGGAGCACGCCUGGCCCAGGACUCUGGUUCUCUUCACAUGGGGGGAAUUCCUGGGGGAGAGUGCCGAGCAGCACAUCCUGAGGAGCGGGGAUCUGAUGGGGCUGGUGGAGAGGUGUGGGGGUCGGUAUCAUGUACUGACCAGCAGCAGAGACAACUGCAGGAUCGACGCAUUAUUCGAGAAAAUGGACCAUAUAGUAGCUUUAAAUAGUAAAUAGUAAAAACCACAAAGACUUAACAAAAAAUUGUCUGUGUUAAAAAAUCUGAACAAUAAAAUUUCAUUCAAGGAAGAAAAGGUCUUGUUUUUUAAUGUAUUUAACGCUUUAAACAAAGUUACAAAUAAAGUCAGUCUGGUUCCACAUUUAAGGGUGUAUUUAAGGGCACAUUUGGUUCGCUUAAAGUGAACCAGAGUUCAUUUCCCCCAAAAUCCGCAACAAAUUUUCAGCUUGAAUACUGAC